AUGGAUGCAUUCUUUGCAGCCGUUGAAAUGCGUGACGAUCCAUCGUUGCGUGAUAUUCCAAUGGCGGUUGGCUCCGAUUCCAUGCUGAGUACUUCCAAUUAUGUGGCUCGUCGUUAUGGGGUUCGUGCAGCAAUGCCAGGUUUCAUCGCCAAAAAGUUAUGUCCUGCACUGAAAAUUGUUAUUCCCUCAUUCGGCAAAUAUCGCAAAGCAAGCUUAGAGGUCCGAAAAAUAUUCAGAGAGUAUGAUCCGUAUUUCUCAAUGGGUAGUUUGGAUGAAGCAUACAUGGAUUUGACUGACUGCCUUCAAAAGCGGCUUCAGGACGGCAAAAUGGAAUAUUGA